UUGUUCUCAUUCCCCUGUUAUCUAUCUCUUCUUCGAUUUCUCUUUCUAGGGUUUCGCAAAUGUUCUCCAGCUCCCAAUUCGACGCCACCUCCGCCUUCUCCGGCGGCGGUUUCAUGGCCUCCCAGUCUUCCCAGCUCCACGAUUCUUCAUCGGCACCGGCAAAAAGCCGCGAUACUCCGGGUCUUGUUCCGGUGACAGUGAAGCAGAUAAGUGAAGCCUCUCAAUCUGGUGAUGAAAAGUCGAGUUUUGUAAUCAACGGUGUAGAUCUGGCCAAUGUAACAUUGGUUGGAAUGGUGUUCGAGAAAACUGAGCGAAACACUGAUGUUGAUUUUAUUUUAGAUGAUGGAACAGGGCGAAUCAAAUGUCGAAGAUGGGUCAAUGAGACUUUCGACACAAAGGAAAUGGAAGAAAUAAUGGAUGGUAUGUAUGUUCGUGUUUAUGGGCAUUUGAAAAGCUUUCAAGGUGUAAGGCAACUUGUUGCCUUCUCUGUCAGGCCAGUGACAAAUUUUGAUGAGAUCUCUUUUCACUUUAUUGAUUGCAUACAUAACCACCUCCGCUCCAAAGUAAAGGUGGAAGGAAUCACUUCUGCACAUCCUUCAUCAGACUCAUCUUUGAACACUCCUGUCAGAAAUGCAUCAACUGGAUCUCAGGCACCAACAUCUAAGCCAGCAUAUGCCCAAUAUAGCGUGGAUGGACUGAAGGAUUGUGAUAAAUUGGUUAUUGACUAUCUGCAGCUGCAUUCAGACAUCUCUGAUGAACGGGGUAUACAUGUUGAAGAACUAUCUCGAGAGCUCAAGCUUCCAUUGGACAAGAUCAUGUUGUCGCUAAAGACUCUUGGAGAUGAUGGUUUAGUAUACUCCACCAUAGAUGACUUCCAUUACAAACAAGCUUGAUAUUUUCUGUCACCUGAGCUGAUGAUCGAGCUGGAUACUACAUACUAGGACAUGAACCACUGAAGCUAUUAGUGUUGGUCUAUUUUGAUUUAUAGGUUAAAAUGAUGUAGAUAUGUUUUUGGAUGAAUUAAUAUAUUGUAUGCUCAAAACCGAAUGAUUGUGACUGAUUGUCCGAUUUCUGAUGAUCCUCGUCUGUAACUGAUUGCGAACUUGUGCACUCUUCUCUGGUCCGCAGUGAAGGUUGAU